GCCCGUUGGUUGUGGGACUGGGAGCGCCGCUGCGGCCGUUCGCAGGGCUGCUUCGCCUCGAGGGCGGGCUGACCCGGCCUGAACCGGGAGAUAACCUCGGUGGGGGGCGGGCUCCGCUGCCUGGGCCGAGCCCCGCCUGGAGCUGGCAUAAUGUUUUUAACAACAGUAUUACUCCGAAAGAGAAUUCCUGGAAGACAGUGGAUCGGAAAGUACAGGCGGCCAAGACCAGUUACCAUUUCAAUGAAGCAAGCAAUGAUCCGAAGGUUGGAGAUUGAAGCAGAGAAUGAGUAUUGGCUGAGUCGACCUUACCUGACAUGGGAACAGGAGUACAAACAUAACACGGAAGAGAGACGUGCAAAAUGGGAAGCUUUCAAACGCCAGAAGAAAGCCAAGUUUCCUGAACACAGAUAUAUCAGCGAUCAUUUAAACCACUUAAAUGUGUCGAAAAAGUGGAUAUCUUGAACAAUAUGGCAUGUAUUAUGCACUAUUGUGGGCUCAGCUGUUGUACCUGUUAUAGUACUUUUGUAAUUCAGUAUAAGGGUGGAUGACAAAUGGGACCGUGCUACGGCAUAUGAAAUUUUACAUUAAUAAAUGCAGUCCUACGGAACAA